AGGGGACGAAGCGAGAAGGGCAGGAAUAGAAUGCUGCGGUGUUUGUACACGCAGCGGCGGUGGGCGCACCGCCGCGGCGGCUUCGUCACCGGCGGCACCGGAUGGUCGCAGAAGCGCGGGCCCGCCGCCAUGGUGGGCGCGAAGAAAUCAGAGUGGUGGGCGGUGGACGGGGAGUUGCACGAGAUCGGGGAGGGCGUGCCACACCGCGAGCGCUUCGCCAUCCCGCGCGACAACCUCCCCAACCGCCGCCGCAAGCAGAUGCGGGAGCAGUUCAUGCGCCGCACGCGCCUCGUCCUCAAGGACUCGGAACAUGAAACUUGGUGCAAACAAUAUAUGGAACUGUACCAAGAACUUAGAGAGAACUGGGAACGGUUGUACUGGGAUGAAGGUUAUUCUAAGAAGAUUGCUGAAGAUCGUGCUAAUUACGACUCUGCUGAAGAAGAUGAUCUAGACUUUUCACCAUACAGUAGGAGAAGGAGCUCCAGCGUAGAGCCAAAUAAGGAUCUUGGUUCUGGGGAAAGCAGGCAAGGUGAAACAUGGGAAAGGGUUACUCAAAUUCGUGACAAGUUUGAGUAUGACAGAGAAAGGAGAAUGAGAGAACGAGCGUUUGCUCCCAUGAAUAUCCAGAGCAAUUUUGGCCAGCAUGAUUCAAAAUUCAGAAACCAGAAUGAUUCAAGUUUUGCCUCUACAAACAUAGAAAACAACUUUGGUCCACGUGAUCGGGAUUCCGUAAAUCAAACUGGUCGAAAUUUUCAACAUCCAAGUUCCAGAAAUCAGCGUGAUUCGAAUUUCCGCAAUGAUUCCAGCUUCAGAAAUGAGCAAUAUCCAAAUUUCCGAAACCAACGUGAUGGGAAGAAUAAAUGGUUUGGUGACCACAAAUUCUAGAUAGGAUCUAGCGUUCUUGCAGAGACAGCAUAUUGGUGCGUAAUUUGCUGACAGCUUAUGCUUGCUGAUUUUUCUAUUUUUGCACCCUGUGUAAGACAGACUGUAAUAUUCAGUAGUGUAGUACGGAGUAUAUACUUUACUUCAUCCUUGUUUGUCGAAAAGGGACGAGUGUAACAUAAGUUGUGGCUACCCCAUUUGCCCUUGCGGCCUUCACCGACUUAUCAUACUCCCUCUUUUCCUUUCUUUUCACAAGGUUGGCGUAGUUGGUUUUGUAACAAGAGUUUGACCAAGAAUUACUAAAUUAAUGUGUUGUUUCAUGCAUUAAA